AAGAAAGGCUGACACGUCAUUGUGGUUAAGGGGGCGUGGCUAAAUGAGCGGAAAUACCACAUACCAACUGGUGACUCCGUAGAGACACUUUACGUUCUAACCCCCUGACUUCAGAAAGGCCUCUGUAUUCGCAGACAGGCGGAAACACCGAGAGAGUCGGCGGUGUCUGUGACGCGCAGCUUCCAGGAUAGUGGGACUUUCCGUGGCGACUGAAUGGUCCUGCAUUCAGUACACGUCGAUUAUCCUUACCUUACGAGCAUAAAAAUUUUCUUAUUGGGCUUUUACUAUUCAAUAAUGGAAGCUUAGACACCUACCAAAGAGAUGUCCAAGAAUGGGGGAGGGGUUUGAGAGCACAUAGCCCUUGGUCUCUGUGUGUGUUUGUGUUUGGGACAUUUUUCAUUUAUAAUUUUUUAAUACAUAAUCACAUGCCAUUUUUGUUAGAUAAUAUAUUUGAUAUGUCUGUGCUAAAUAUAAACAAUAAUAUUUUUACUGAUCCUGGGUGAUUUAUUCACAGUGCAACAUGAAGAUUCUUGAUUUGAGGAUUAAUUGUAAUUACAGCAUUUAAAAUAGUACAGCUUUUUUUUUUUCCAGUUACAGCAACAUGUCUGUAACUGAAAACGAAAUUUUGAAGUUUCAGCUGUAAAAGCUAUAUCAGUGACAAAUGAGUCCUUGGUCAGAUCUGUAGUUUUUAAGUUGUUCCCUCUGCUCUUUGAAGUUUCAUUCUUACACAUUCCUCACUUUCUUUUUCACCGUGACUGUCGCGAGUUGACACACCCCCGUCCUCACAACGUGAUCUGUUUUACUGUUAUCCAUCAGUAUGAGUCUGUCUGUGUGAGACCUUGGGUUUUCUCAAACCUCUCUCCCUUUGAAGGACAUCUUUUUGCCUUUAUAUUGCUCUACCUAAAUACGGAAAUGGAAACUCUUUUUCAGCUCCAAAGCAGCCCAUUUUUCAUGCGGUUGUAUCGCAAUGGCAAUCCACCUGACCUGCAAUAUAAUAACUCCUCAGAGCUCUUCCGCAUCUCUACCUUUGCUCGAUUCCCAAAUUCGGCGGUCACAGAGCGAAGUCUGGCGAGGGCGGGUUGGUUCUACACCGGUGUGAGCGACCGUGUGCAGUGUUUCAAGUGCAACGUGACGGCAGAGGGCUGGCAUGCGGGAGACUGUCCUGCAGAAAAACACAGACAGCUCUCUCCAUCCUGUCCCUUUAUCCAGAGCCUCCCAUCUACAGCCAACUUGCUCUCCUCCUCACACUCUGCCUUCUCCCCACUCCGCAUCGCUGCAGCCAUACCAUCGUCUGGUCCAGGCCCAGCUGUGCUAAACCCGACAGCAAGCCAGGGCGAAGAUCCAGUGGGUUACCCAAACAUUGGUUUACCUGCUCCACCUCCCUCUAGCCCACUUACCUCUCGUGGUGUAGAAGACAUGUCCCACCAAAGACCACCAUGCUACAACCCCAACAUGCGCAGAGAGCAGGACCGCCUGGACUCCUUCCACUCUUGGACACUCUCCACCAUAACUCCUGCUGAGCUUGCCAAGGCGGGCUUCUACUACCUGGGCCAGGCCGACCAGGUGGCCUGCUUCAGCUGCGGAGGACAGUUAGCCAACUGGGAGCCAGGUGACAGAGCCUUGUCUGAACAUCAGAGACAUUACCCAAAUUGUCGUUUUGCGCGGGGGGACAGAGCUGACGUGCUGGGAGCUGUGGUGGGACCCACCGCCCUGAGCAAUGUGUCUAACCCUGCCAUGCAGCAGAGCGAAGACAGGCUGCUCACCUUCGUCAACUGGCCAUCUCGUAUCCCUGUGCGGCCUGAGCAGCUGGCAAAAGCCGGCUUCUACUAUGUAGGUCGUAACGAUGAUGUCAAGUGUUUCUGUUGUGAUGGAGGCCUGCGGUGCUGGGAGUCUGGGGAUGAUCCUUGGGUGGAACAUGCCAAGUGGUUUCCUCGGUGUGAGUAUCUGCUUCAGGAGAAGGGAGCAGAAUUUAUUCACCAGGUCCAGGCUCGCUUCCCUCGGCUGUUUGAGCAGCUUUUAGCACAUGGAGAGACCAGCUCUGAAGAGUUUGUGGAUGCACCUGUGGUUCAUCUCGGUCCAGGAGAGGAACGGUCUGAGGAUGCGGUCAUGAUGAACACCCCUGUGAUUAAGUCUGCAUUAGAGAUGGGCUUUGAGCGGAGUCUGGUCAAGCAGACAGUCCAGAGCAAGAUCCUGACCAGUGGAGAGAACUACAGAACAGUCCAGGAGCUGGUUUCAGACCUGCUGAGUGCAGAGGACCAGAAAAGGGAAGAGGAGCGAGAGAUGCUGGUGGAGGCGAUGGCAUCAGAUGGUUUCACCUUUGUGAAGAGACACCAGGCGGCAUUGGUGCAGCGUCUGAGGAGUGUCGAGCCGGUCCUGGAACAUUUGAGAGAGCAAAAUGUGUUAUCUCCUGAGGAGUACAGCGGCCUCAAGGCCCAGACGUCAGCCCAGCAGCAAACCGCCAGGCUGAUAGAGCUCGUCCUCACCAAAGGAAACGCUGCCGCCGAGGUCUUCCGCAACUGGAUCCAGAAAAACGAUGUCCACCUGCUCAGAGAUCUCAUGGCCCAAUCAAACGAAGCUGCGUCACCAAGCCAAGACCUUUCAGAUCUCCCCAUGGAAGAGCAGCUGCGGCGCCUGCAGGAGGAACGUACCUGUAAAGUGUGUAUGGAUAAAGAAGUCAACAUCGUGUUCAUCCCAUGUGGACACCUGGUGGUGUGCAAAGAGUGUGCACCAUCGCUGCGAAAGUGCCCAAUCUGCAGAGGCCUUGUCAAAGGCACAGUCCGAACCUUCCUCUCAUAACCGCAGAGGCUGUGAGCCACGCUCCCUCAGUCUGAAUGUAAGCAAUAUAAGUCUAGAUAGACUGGGAAGACCAGGAAGAUUGUUAUGCAUCUUUUCCCCCCCUGCCUAAUAUGUGUCUUAACUUAUUCAUAUCUGUAGAGACAUAAUCUGAAGAGAUGUUUAAGAUGUCACAAAGCUUCUACAUCAUUUAUCUCCAUAACCAGAUAAAGCACACAUAAGAGUCUCUGAUGGAGAUGUAAAAGAACAGUAUAGCUUUUAGUUUAAUAUUAAGUAUGAUUUCAUCUGAUUUUUCACACAAACAGGAGUAGGACUGGGCGAUACGUUUGAAGUCAGUGUCAUGCUAUUAAUAGAUGUUUAUAACUUCAUUAUUAUUAUUAUUAUUCAUUAUACAAAUAUUUUAACACAUAACAUUUCAAUAGAUGAUUCUGUCUCUGAAACAUAAGACGCAUAAAACAGCAGCCCUACAUUAAUCCUUCUUUUGAGUUGUCAGACAUCAGUGCUAUCAGUCAUUAGCCUUUACUGUCCAGUACAGGAAGCAACUAAAGUGAAUCACGAUCACUGAAACAAGUGCAGAGGUAUGAUUGUGACCAGUGGAGUUGAUUUAACUGUCUGAAUAAAUGUUU